GAUUUGUUGAUGCUUUAAGCGGCAAAGAAUAACAGCAAUGGCAGACGAUGGAGAUCAUGUGGCUUCAAAAGAAGAUACCAGUUCAAAGAAAGACAAUUUGAAUACCAAUAACGCAUCUGUUAAAGAUGUAGGAGAUCCAGAAUUAGACCAACUACUUGAUAGUGCACUAGAAGAUUUUGACAAACAGGCAACACCAGAAGUAAAAAAAGAUGAGUCCAAUCAAUCAACACGGUCAGCAUCGGAUGGAGCAGGUCCUGCAGCUUCAGAAGAGGCAAUGGCUGACGAAUUUUCAGAGCAAAUGGCUGCUCAGUUUGAAGAAGCGAUGAAAGCUUUUAUGUCCCAAGAUCCUAGUAUGGUACAACAGUUAGAAAAACUAUCAGAAGUGGCUGGUAAAGCCGGGGAGUCUGCUGAGGCUCAGCAAGAGUUUGCCACCACAUUAUCACAGACAUUGUCUGGUCUAGCACAAAAUGCAGAAGGUUUACAGGAAGAAAUGUCGGAGGAGGAUUUAAAUCAAGCGUUUGCUAAUAUGGGUGUUGGUGCAAUGGGUGCUAGUGAUGGACAAGAAGGUCCAGAUUAUUUUCCCAUGAUGCAGGGAAUGAUGCAGAUGUUAUUAUCUAAAGAAGUUUUAUAUCCGUCAUUAAAAGAAAUUUCUUCAAAGUAUCCGAAAUGGUUAGAUGAAAAUAAAGAUAAAAUAGAGGAAGAAGAUCGGAACAGAUUUAAUAAACAGCAUACAUUAAUGGUAGAAAUUUGUAGCCAUUAUGAAACCGAACAAGAAACAGAUUCUGAUGAUGUCAAGCGGGAACGAUUUGAAAACUUGAUGACCAUCAUGCAACAGAUGCAGGAAUUAGGCCAGCCUCCUAAAGAUAUAGUUGGGGAUAUGGCACCAGGUUUAGAAUUUGAUGAGAAUGGAUUACCGAAACUCCCUGGAAUGGCUUCUUCAUGUUCAAUCAUGUGAAAAUACAUGUUAUGAUGUACGUUCCAAUACUUGUCUGAAUUCCUGGUUUCAUCAGAUCUUAGACUUUGUAAUGGUAAUAACCAUUAUCAACAAAUCUAUGAUCUGUGAUAGUUCACUUUCGGUUGCUAUUAGUUACAUGUUUUCUAAAUAGCUUGAAAUCUUUUAAAAUAAAAUUAAAAUGUUUUUGACUUUAUUUGUGUAUGCAUUUAUAACUUAUUAAAGAUGGCAGAUCAUAUAACAGGCUAUUGAUACUAUGGUAAUAGUACACAUCUUUAACUAUUCCAUGCAUUAACUAAAAUAUAUCAAACAAAAUUCCAGAAUUAUUGAUAAACCAUUAAUAUACAUGUACCUUUUUUUCGCUUGAGGAGUUGGAUGGCCGAAUGUUUAGCAUGGGCGAGUUGUAUCAUAAGAUCUGCUAUCGAGUCUACUGGCGUGGUUUCAAUUCCCUGGCUGUACGUGACCAACCUCGUGGGUUUUUUCUGGGUCCUAAUUGAAAUGAAAACUGAACAAUAUGUUAGUCCCGAAAUGACCUAGUGGAUGUUAUACCCAUUUCUCUCUCCAAAAUAAUGAAACCAAUAAUAAUUUCAAGUUCUGUGAAGCAUUAUAAUAUUGAGUUUUUUUUAUAAUUGAUUUUAGAGAUGUGUGAGUGUUAGUGUUGACUGAAUGUGUGCAUAUGGUUAAUAUAGCUAGCAUGUUUUAAUGUUUGCAAGAUUCUUGUUAAAUUAUGUAUUAAUUUGAUUGUAAAUUAUGGCAUUUAAACAAUUAGUUAUACAUAUAAAGGAAUAAUUUUGUAUUUAUAAUUUUCAGAAUUUAUUUUAUAAUUAUUAUUACUAAUUGUGAUUGCUUAAAACAUUGAUUAAAACUUUCAAUAGUAGAACCA